GUCGUGUCGGCAGCAUCAUCCCGUGAAGCAAAGCUAGCGAAAGUUCUUCAGUUCUGUUCAGUGUUCUUCGAACUCACUUACAACACUAGCCAUGGAUGAUCUCACCCCCGAGCAGAUUGCAAUCCUCCAGAAGGCUUUCAACAGCUUCGACCGGGAGAAGACGGGCAGCAUCUCGUCCGACAUGGUGGCGGAGAUCCUGCGGCUGAUGGGCCAGCCCUUCAACAGCAAGAUCCUCGAGGAGAUGAUCGAGGAGGUGGACGAGGACAAGUCGGGCCAGAUCGAGUUCGCCGAGUUCGUGACGCUCGCCGCCAAGUUCAUCGUGGAGGAGGACGAGGAGGCGCUGCAGAAGGAGUUGCGCGAGGCCUUCCGCCUGUACGACAAGGAGGGUAAUGGGUUCAUUCCGACCACCUGCCUGCGGGAGAUUCUGCGCGAGCUGGACGACCAGCUGACCGACGAGGACCUCGACAUGAUGAUCGAGGAGAUCGACUCCGACGGUUCCGGCACAGUUGACUUCGACGAAUUCAUGGAGAUGAUGACCGGUUAAGUGCUCCAUCUCCAUCGUUCGUCCCGGAACUGACGGCGCAUCGGGAGGCGAAUUUUACUGCUAAUCAAAUGGUGCUACACCAUCAUACUUCGGUAUCAUUAUUUAUUGCAUUCACACACAUACACACACACAUACACACUCAAACAUACAUACACUUUCAACUCCCUAUUUUGUACCUUUUGGUCCAAAGCUGAUAGCUUCCAUUUCCAACGCUCUUCAUUAGUUGUUUUCCCAAGACCACCACCACCUCGUUUCUUCCAUCUAUUGGGUGAAACAACCCCCCAGGGGGCGGACCCCGUCAUCUUCCUUCUAGUCGAUGCGAUUGCUACAGUGUUGCUGGACUGUAGUUCUUUUUUCUUUUGUGAAGCGUAGCAAAUUCUUAAAUUAAGAAUGGUGGACAUCUUGGUCUGUCUGGCAUCUCGUAGUGGAACUACCGCGCAAGUUUCGUGCAGAUUUCUCAACCAGAUUCUGCCGUCAGGUAUUAGUUAUUGGAAGAUUUUUACUUUGAUUCCUAGACUACACACUGUAGCACCUUUUUUUAAAACAAAAUAUAAACAACAACCACAACAAAACAAGAUUGAGUGUUGCAAGAAUUUAAAUCCUUCGAAUUAUUUGAUUUGAUUUCUAAUGUGUAAAACCAUGAAUUACCGACAACAUUUAUGGAGCAACUACUGUCCUAAUUUUCACGAGUAAGCGCAAAGUUUUACACAGCGUUUCGCAUUUGAACGACCUUUCUCGAGGCACUACUGUAUUUGUCUUAUGUCUUUUGUUUUCGUACUGUAUUAUUAAUAUUUA